AUGUGCGUGGGUGUCAUCGGCUUUGUUUCUCCCCCUGCAACGACGACGUCGACCAAGACCAACGCAGGCAACGGCAUCGCUACCCCGACCCCGACUCAGCCUAGCCUGCUAACCAACUGCAACAAAUUUCACAAGGUCAAGUCUGGGGAGAUCUGCGCUACCAUUGCUACAAAAUACGCGAUCCCUCUAGCCAAAUUCCUACAAUGGAACCCAAAAGCAGGUAACAACUGCGUCGGUCUCUGGAAGGAUGCCUAUGCCUGUGUGAGCGUCAUUGGCUACAAGCCUCCAACGACUCCUACGACCACUAGCAACGGCAUUGCGACGCCGACGCCAAUUCAGGAUGGCAUGAUCAGGAACUGCAAGAAAUUCCACCUCUUGAAAACCGGUCAGACUUGCGAGACUAUCCAGAAACAAUACAAGGUUACAUUGGCCAGCCUCAUCAAGUGGAACCCUGCCAUAGGAUCGGACUGCAGGAGCCUCUGGGCCAACACACACUUGUGCGUCGGUAUCUAA